AUGGUCCAACUCACGUCGUUCGCUCUCGCCUUGGUGGCCUUCACCCUCGGUACCCAAGCCGGCCCCUGUGCUACUUGCAAGCCGGCAAAUGUUGUCCAGGACGGCAGCUUCGAGGACGCCUCUUCCACUGCGUGGACCUUUGACAGCGGUGUCACGGUCCAGACCGACGCUCCCGGGGCGGACUAUUCCGUCAGCGGCACAAACUACGUGAGCUUCGACGUCGCGCAACGGGAAGACCGCCAGCGAUACAGCAUCUCCCAGCAGCUGACGGGACUCACGCCGAGUCAGCCAUACUCGCUGCAGUUUACCUGGGAACUGACCGACGCCAGUGGCAUUUACGACGGUGGCGUUGAUAUCAUGAUCCUACUGGACGGCGUCGAAGUCGAUUAUACCAGCACUCAGGGCCGCGGAGACUUGGACCGGGUCACGCUACACACCGCGACCAUCACGCCCACGUCGUCCGCUCCCGUCUUGCAGAUUAGCUGUGGUGGCAGUGGAAACUACUUCUACGGUGCGACCGUAGCGAUCGAUGACAUUAGUGUGGUGAGGAUUUGUAUUCAGUGA